AUGGACACUAUGCGGGAUGAUCAGAAAGAGGCGAUACCUGCUCUUGGUUUCUACCCUCACGUUGACAUCAGCACUGGAGUUUGUUUAUUAUUAUUUUUUUGUGUUUUAUUAGUUAUAAUUUAUAAUUUCUGUUUUACAGACUACAUUGAUUGCUAUGGAAUACAACGGAGGCGUUGUUGUUGGCACCGAUUCAAGAACCAGUGCCGGGUAACUUUUUGCCUUUUCUUUUUUUUUAUUGUUUGAAAAAAGAAUAAUCAAACUCACUUUUCAAAACAUUUUUAGUUCAUUCAUCACCUCACGUGCAACAAACAAGAUCACGCCUAUCACUGAUACCAUGGUGGUUUGUCGUUCCGGCAGCGCAGCAGAUACUCAGUGCAUCGCCGACAUUGCUAAAUAUCAUAUAGAAGUAUACACGUAUGUUCUUUUUUCAUUGAGUCCAAAUCCAACCUAUGAGUGAAUUAUGGCUUCAAAACUAUGAGCUCGAUCAUGAUAUGUAUAUCAGAAUGCUGGAAAACGAGCCAUUGACAAUUUAUCGCGCUUCUCAAAUCUUCCGUCAAUUCCUGUACAAUUAUCGCGAUUCUCUCUCGGCUUCCGUCCUUGUCGCCGGAUGGGAUGCCAAAGAAGGCGGGCAGGUAAUUUUUUUCUGAUUUCGAUAAUUUUAUUUUUCCGUCUUCUUUCUGGUGUGUGGUUUGUUUAUGUGUGAGUUUCUAAACUGUUUUUUUUUUCGAUCUCAGAAUAUUUUAUACCUUUGGAGGGUGCUGAAUAGUUAUUAAGAGAAAUGGAGGAAUAUUUUGAAUCUAUAAAAUAGAAAUAAUGAGUUUGAACUAAAUGAAAGUUUUGGUGGUAUGAAAAAGAAAACACGCGAAAUUUCGACUUCUCCGAUUUUUUUUAUAUCGCUAGGGAACUUUCUUAUUGCGAAGUAUCCGAUUAUUCCUUUUCCGGUUAUGUUUUUUUAGAGGGCAAUAGAUAUUUCUUGGUUUAGUUUCUGUUUUUAUCGAGCUCAAAAUUACAAGAUUCAUUCCAAAAAAAGAGAAAAAAAUAAUAAUAAAAAAACUAAGAAGAAAAACUUGGUUGUUUAAAAAAAGUGUUUACAGCUGUACGCCCUUCCGAUCGGUGGGUUCGUCACUCGCCAAAGAUCCACUGCUUCUGGAUCUGGUUCUACUUUUGUCCAGGUGCUUUAGAAAAAAACUGAAAAUCCCCAUUUUGUUUUGUAUAGUUGAAGAAAAUUAUUUGAGGGCUUCCUCGACAGUCAGUGGAGACCGAACUUGACACUCAACGAAUGCAAAGCCAUUGUGAAGCAAGCUGUUGGUCUUGCUGUCUUCCGUGACGGGUUAGUGAAUUACUGUUCAAAUCUCAGCAUUAUUUCAUUCUCAUUUCAUAAUUGUUCCCUGUGAUGUUACCGAUAAAUUAGAGAAGAGCCGCAUUUCUUUUUGAAUCGAAUUUACGCUUAGUAUACUCAGUUUUUCGCGACUUGAAACCGCUUUUUUCUCUGCGCUCUCCUCGUUUCUCAGUAAUCCUCUCAUUUUGAUGAUCUAUUUAUAUGUCUCUUUCCCUUGCAAGUGAGGGAACAUAAAACGAUGAAAAAAAUCGCGGCGAAUGGACUAUAACAAAAUUUAAUUUAAAUUUUUAUAAGUUAUGUUCGAAAAAAAUUUUGAAGCUCAGACUAUUCAAAAAUUGAACUUUCGAGCUUGCUUGAAGUUGUUUUUGGAUCAUUCAACUUCUAUAGAGCUAAAAUUAUGAGAUCGUGUAAAAUUGUUUUCUGCUUCUUUGGUUUUCUAUUAGAGCUCUUCAAAACACAUACCAUCAGAAUCGACAUGUUGGAAAAAAUCUGACCCUUCUGUUUUCAUGGUAAAACGGUGACUAGGAUGUAGAAAAGAAGAGGAGAGUUCAAGUUAAAUAGAAUGAGAGAUCAUGUUAAUCGAACUUUCUAGACAGGGCAUUUUCAAAAGACGAAAAAAGUAGUUAGGAGAUAUUGUGGUGAAUAGAAGACUAGGAUGGAAUUCCAAAUAGAAAUUAAAUGAUUCAAAAUGGCUCAGUAUUUGAAAAAAAAAACUCCGCGCUUUUUUUUAUAUCUCUUUUAAUUCAUUCUGUUUUCUAAAAUCACAACUUGUCACGUCGUAUCCACUUUCAAACUAUUCUGAGAGAACUGCCUUUGUUUUCAAGCCCGUAAAUCAAUUGAAAAAAAUUUCGCAUUUAUCUCAAAUAACUUCGAACGCGGGAUUAUUUGCUUGCAAGUCACUAAUCUAACCGUUUGUUAGUCCGUUUGCAAGAAUCAUUCAGUAACUAGCUAAAAUUUUAAAAUCUUUUUCAGCAGUCAUUCAGUGGGAUAUUACUAAUGCCGUGUUCAAAGUGAUUGGGCGAAAUUACGAAGAGCCGCUAAAAAGUGGAAAAUAUAACUAAAUUUUAGAGGGUCAGAUAUAAUUUCGCAUUUCGCAGAAAUUACUUUAAGUUCGGCAUGGAAGUUUAAACUUUUCGUUUAAUCGUUCUAUCUUAAGAGCUUUAUUCUCCUUAAAUCGCUCCAGUUUUGACGUUAAAAGCUGCCUUUUCACCCUUAUAGCAUUAUUUCUUUUGAUCGCACAUUUUCUUUUACGAUUUCUUCUCCUAAAUUGUCACUAAAAAGAUGGAGUUGAAGGUCUUCCGGGGGAGUUGUUCGACUGGCGACAAUCGACGCCAACGGAACUUCGAUGGAGCUCUACCGUCCCGACAAGCCAGGCUUCCCCGUGGUCAAACCUCCAAGCGCACAUCUUUCGUUCCCGCCACACGUCGAGCAGACUCCCGUUUAA